GCGGAAUGAAAUAAACCGGGAGGGUACGUGUUUUGGUAAUAAGCAAGGACCGCCUCUCAUUAUCCUGGCAGGCGGCGGCGGUGCGCUUGUAUGGGUGUUCUAUCGCGUCGCACGCUAGAGGUCCUAGCUAGAGGAAGCUGCACCCAAUCAGAGGGAAGCAGUCGUGUGCAAUAUGCGCUUGGGCGUCAAGUAGGAAAGGAUCCUCUUAUAACUGCCCGAUUUGUGCCGAAACUGGAUCAAACCGAGUCAAACUCUCAAUGAAGCAUCAUCCAGCGCAGCGGUGAAAAGUACGAAAAGGAUUAACGGUGUGGUACGGAUUAGAAGUGCGUAGCUGCGUGUGAAAGUUGAAACAAACUAAUGAACUGGUGAAAUCAAGUGGACAGCAACAGUGGCGAUAUAAGUGAUCAGAAAAUAUUUGUGGAUUAGCUAUUGUCUCAGUGCAAAAAGGAUACUUUGCAAUCAUGCAGUCGCCAGUCAGUUCACCAGAACUUAUUGACCCACGAUACAGCCAUUUGAGGAUUCCGGCUUCAUCAAGUCGGAUCCUUUACGAUGUUCCGUGCAAGGUAUGUCGCGAUCAUAGCUCGGGAAAACACUACGGGAUCUACGCUUGCGAUGGAUGUGCCGGUUUCUUCAAACGAUCCAUCCGCCGAAGCCGACAGUAUGUAUGCAAAUCCAAAUCGGAGACACCGUGCACCGUUGACAAAACUCAUCGGAAUCAGUGUCGAGCGUGCCGCCUGAAGAAAUGCUUCGAGGUUGGCAUGAACAAGGAUGCAGUUCAACAUGAGCGAGGACCACGUAGCUCAACCUUACGUAAGCAGAUGGCACUUUUCAUCGCCAAGGAUACACCCCUGCGUCACGAGCUGAUGAUUCCUCCACCGAUCCCGCUGGGUCAGCCAACGAUGGGCCUUGAUCUGAGCAUGCAAAGGAACGCUUUCUUGAGCCCACAGUCCAUGGUUCACCCAACACUCUUCCCAGCAAUGCAAUCACCUCAUCCUUUGAUCGCUGCCGACGCUAUCCGGGAAUCAGCUGCGCAGCUCCUCUUCAUGAACGUCAACUUCCUUAAAAACUUGGUACCCUUCACGAAACUACCGCUAGAUGAUCAACUAUUCCUUUUCGAGGAAUCCUGGCGAGAGUUCUUCAUCCUAGCUGUGGCACAAUACCUGUUACCGGUCAACUUCAACCACCUUCUAGUGGCUUACGAAUAUCUCAACAACAACCGAGGCGAACCCAUCCCAGAGUGCAUAAUCCGGGAAGUGGACAUAUUCCAAGAAAUUCUCACACAAAUCGUUGCCCUAAGAGUAGACACCAACGAAUUCGUCUACCUACGGGCGGUUGUGCUGUACAAAACGGAAUUCGACCCGGAAAGCAGUAUAUCCAGCAGUAGCAGCGAUGGAUCGGAUUUCAUCUCUUCAACAUCCAAAUCAAUCCAGGAAAUAAGCACAGUCCGAGCCUUGGAGGAUGGUGCCAAGGAGGCUCUUGCCGCCUAUGUGAGGACGUGUAGACCUGUUCCGGCAGAGCGGUAUCGACUUUUGCUGCAAUUAUUGCCUGUUCUGCGAAACGUAUCAACCUACACGAUCGAAGAGCUCUUCUUCAGGAGAAACAUUGGCCCUGCUCCAUUACUCAAACUACUUCUAGAUUUUUACCGGCAAAAAUAACUUGAACGUGUCUGUCUAUACUAAAACCACGAUUCGAUCCCGGAUGGUCGAAUCGCUAAAUUGACUGUGAUUGAUUUGUGUAAAUAUUAGUUUUAACAAAAUGGAAUCAAAAUUUCUUUCCAGAAGUAAACAAUAUAUGACCAACAUAGCUAGAUUUACUAAAUAAGUGGAAUUGUUACAUUAGUGAAAAUAAGAAACAGUUGCUAAAUAAACGAAAACUAAAUCAACUAAAGCAUCUACGCCUUCAGUCAUCCAGACCUUCCCAAGCACCAAGAAAAAGAAUUACUGUCCUUAAUGAUCGGUAAUUUGCACAAAAAUCUGCAAAAGUUGUUGCCGACGGGUUUUCGGAAGGGAUCGAAAGCAACACAGCUAAAUUCGUUUCCAUUCAUUCAAGUUUCCGAACAACAAGCAGUGCCGCCAUGCUGGCUUAUGCCCUAGCAUUUUUUUUUCUCUCAUUCUGGGCAUUGUUGAAUAAUCCUCUUCUGUUGCGAUGAUGGCUGCAUCCUCUGUCAUGUUUUUCGUCUCACUCAGACGCAUUGAAAUCACUGCUGGAAAUCGACUUAUGGUGCGAUGAUGCGUACGAGGAUGGCACACAAGGAUAUCCCUCGAUUGCCGGCUGAUGGCUUCUAUCGCGUUUCCCUAACUUUGGCGUGCCGCUUUGGGCCUCUAGUCGUUGUUGCGCCUAACUCCUGACAGGCUGCUGCAUUU